UCAGCGCAGUGACGACCAAUCGCAGCACAGCUUCAGCAGACUCACAAAAGGGGGCGUGGCCUUCGGAAGAAACUGAUGAAACAAAUGAUCAAAAUGUGUGGCAGGGUUGAGUUGAGACUGGUUGUGAAGUAGACGGACCGUCCACGACCACCGGUCCUGUAAUGUUAAAGAAGGAAGUGAACGCAUCAGUCUGAUCUACAACAGAAGACAGAGAUCAGAAAAUAUUUGUGAUGUGAUUGGAAGAUCAUAAGGGUAUGUUUGGUGUUGAGACAGAUGAAAUCGAGUCGGUGUCGGUGAUAGAGGGCGAUUCUCUCAACCUACAGACGGGUGUGAAUAAAAUACAAGAGGACGAUCUGAUCAUGUGGCUGUGCGGAGACUUUUGCAUCGCUAAACUCAACAUAUCCUCCCAAGUCAUCUCUGAAAAUAAUGAAAGAUUCGGCGACAGACUGAAGCUGGAUCAUCAGACUGGAUCUCUGACCAUCACAAACAUCAGAACCACAGACUCUGGGCUUUAUAAAGCACAGAUGAUCGGACAUAAAGUUUCAAAGAAAACAUUCAAUGUUACUGUCAUUGCUCGUCUUCCCAUUCCUGUGAUCGCUAGUUACUGUCCUCAAAAUCCUUCAUCAUCAUCAGAAUCAUCGGUAUCCAAAUGUCUGCUAUUGUGUUCAGUGGUGAAUGUGAGUCAUGUGACUCUGUCCUGGUACGCAGGAAUGAGUGUAUUGUCCAGCAUCAGUGCGUCUGAUCUCAGCAUCAGUCUCUCUCUACCUCUGGAGGUGGAAUAUCAGGAUAAAAACACUUACAGCUGUGUGCUGAACAAUCCCAUCAGCAACCAGACCACACAUCUGGACAUCAACACACUCUGUCACACAUGUGCAGAAUGUGUCUGCUGUUGUGAUUCUACUAAAGCUGUGAUCCAAUUGGUCCUCUCUGCUCUGGUGGGCGUGGCUACUGUUGCUGUUCUGGUUUAUGACAUCACAUCCAAAAGAGCCGAACAGAAACGAAGAGCUCAGAAAUCAAUCUCAAACUGAAUUAGAUAACUAUAACAUUUUUAUUAUUCACUUUUACAAAAUAUGGCAUGCCACUCAUAAGACUUACGCAGUUAUAUUUUUUACUUAACGUCCGUUUCUGCCACAAAUGUGUCUGUUCUUUCAUCUACGCUGCGCUUACUAAACAUCUUUUUGUGUUUUGUGGUCUGGUAAUGUAGGUAGCAGACCUGUUUAUGUGGCCUGUCAGCAUGUAAGUGUUGGCAGGAAGUGUUUAGUUUUGCAAACCUGUGACUUCUGAAGAACUUGCCCUUUAGUGUCAGGACAGUGUUGUUGCCCACAGUGUUCAGAACGUUUUCUCAGUUGAGCUUCGAUGUGUUAAACUUUUGAACUUUUGCUGCACACACCUUGGUUUGAGUCUGGGUGUUUGAUCCUCACUGGUACACAGGCCCCACAUACUUUUUAAUAAUGUUUUUUUAAUUAAUGCCUCAGGGGCUCUGGGAAUUAUUUUUUAUUU